UUUCCCGUUGUCCUUCUUCUGCCCUGCCCUUCUCCUACCCUCUUCUCCCCUACCCUUCUCUUCCCCUGCUCUACCCUUUCCCUGUCCUUCCACUACCUUCCCCAUGCCCUUGUUCCCUCUGCCCUGCCCUGCCUUUUCCCUGCCUACCCCUCCCCUUUCUGUCCAUCCCCUGCCCUUCUCUGGUCCAUCUCCUGCCCAUACCCUGUCCUGCCAUUCCUUGCCCUGCCCUUCCGUCCCCUCCCCUGCCUGCUUUGCCCUGCCCUUCCCCUGUUCAGCACUUCUCCUGUCUUGCCCUAUCCUGCUCUGCCUUGUCCUCCUCUUCCUGCCCUGCCCUGCCUUUCCCUGCCCUGCCCUGCCCAACGUUGCUUUGCUUGUUUUGUGUUGAUUUUUUUGCUUUGCCUGCUCAGCAUUGUUCUGCUUUUUCAUUACUUUUAUUCUCGUCUCUUUCUUUGUUAGAUAAUUUCUUAUUCUUAUCUCUAUUCUUAUUAGAUAGUU